AUGCGUCUCAGUACCCCCUCCGCAGUGCGGCUCUUGGGUGCACUUUUGGUGAUCGCCUGUUUCGUGCACGCCUCGGUGGCAUUCCCGUACGGUAAAUCGUCGGCGGUCACGGAGCUGACGUCGUCUUCGCUGAAUGCCUUUGUGAACACACACAAGCCGGUAGUCAUUCUCUUUUACGCCCCGUGGUGUGGACACUGCAAGCAAUUCCACCCCGAGUUUGAGCGGUUUGCCCAGCUGAUGAAGGGUAUCAUCCGCGUUGGCGCAAUUGAUGCCGACCGGAACACCCACAUUGGGCAGCAGUUCGGUGUUCGUGGCUUUCCAACGAUCAAGUACUGGAGGAGCGGCGCAAAGUCCGUCUCCUCCGCCCAGGAUUACCAAGGCCAACGGACAGCGGCGGCACUGCAGAGCUUAAUGAUAGGGGAAAUCAGCUCGAGUGAGGUCACGAAGGUGACCACAGCAGAAGAGAUAAAGCACGCCGCUCGAAACUCUCCAAAGAAGAUGAUUGGCGUGUUGCUCUCCCUGAAGAACAAGGUGCCGCCAAUGCUGUCGGUCAUGUCCCUGUCGCCGAAGCUAAAGCAGCUGCCCCUGGUGUUCUCAGGUAAUUGCAACCUUCACAAGGGUGUGGCGGAGGCCUUUGGGGUCACGCAACUACCAAUGCUCGGCGUGCUGCGCUACACUCCAGCAGAAGGCGAUGCAGCGGAGAAGUUCGAGUUGAUAAUACACGAAAAAAAUAACAUCUCUUACGAGUCCGUCGCGCACUUUUUCCUUGACUGCGCAGAGAACCAGUGCAGCUCCGGCACGAAGACUUUCGUGAAGUCAGUGAACCUUGACGAGGAUGAGAAGCACCUCCAAACCCAUGGCACCGCGCGGCAGGCCACCGUCGCACUCCCAGUGGUGCCGGUCGAAUACACCCCAAAAGUGAUUUCGCAGUUUUGUGCGCCGCAAACUCGCAAGAUUCGCGGCCAGUCUCCCCUGUGUGUCUUCAGUCUUAGCGAACGUGUCCAUCUCGACCAGGUACACAAGUACUUCAAGAACGACCCGUUACUUUUCUUCGAGGCAUCUCAGCAUAAAGAAGAGCUGUUGCAUGAGCUCCACUCUAAGUUUGGCGUACAGCUGGUGUCUCUAGGAGAGGCGCCAGCGUCUUUGACGGAGUCCAUUGUAGUCCUACGCCACUCGAAGCCAAGGGCAGCGCGGUAUGCGUUGCUGGAGCACAUUAGCUCCGACGAGGAUUUACAGGCAGCCCUGCAGCGCAUUCUGAAUGGGGAGGUUCACCUCAUCUCAGUAGACCUUGGUGCUGUAUAG